AGCAACAGUUGCCUCGAGACCCCCGCUCGCCAUAGUGACUGUAGUCGUGGAGACAGUUACUUACCAACGGGAGCAACACUCAGCAACAGCAGCAGCAGCAGCAGCAACUGGAGGAGAGAGAGAGGGGAAAGAACAGUAAAGCCAGGGCAGAUUUAAGCAGAAGGCUGAGGAUAAACCAUGCAGCGGUCAGAGGGCGGCUCAGAGUCAGCGUCCACAGUGGCGCUAAGAACAUCCACUUCAGCCCAGGCGCCGGUGGUUCAGCCCGUUCCCGCCUCGCAACAGCGUGUGUUAGUUCAGGCCACCGGCUCUUCCCAGAAGGGAGCUCAGGUGCAGCAGUUGCCAGUGCCUAGAGUGCAACAGGUCCCUCAGCAGGUCCAACAGGUUCAGCAUGUGUACCAGUCCCAGGUGCAGUACGUGGAGGGGGCGGAGGCCGUCUACCCCAAUGGCACAAUUCGUACUGCAUACUCAUACAACCCAGAUUCCCAGCUGUACGGACAGGGCAGCGGAAGCACCUAUUUCGACUCUCAAGCAGGUGGUGCUCAGGUUACCACCGUCGUCUCCUCUGCUGGCGGAGUGCCCUCUCACAGCAUGGUGGGAAUCGCCAUGGACGUGGGCAGCAGUCAGAUUAUUUCCAGCGGCAGUGCCUACCUGAUCCACGGCGGGAUGGAGGGCGGCCGCCACCACACCUCUCACUCCUCACGCUCUUCAUCCGCAAUGCUUGAAGUGGCGAUUGAAAACCUCCAAAAGUCAGAAGGGAUUGCCACUCACAAAAGCAGCCUGCUCAACAGCCAUUUGCAGUGGCUGCUGGAUAAUUACGAGACGGCUGAGGGUGUGAGUCUGCCGCGGAGCUCUCUGUAUAACCACUAUUUGAGACACUGUCAGGAGCAAAAACUGGAUCCAGUUAACGCUGCCUCUUUUGGCAAACUCAUCCGUUCUGUCUUCAUGGGCCUUCGCACACGCCGACUUGGCACCAGGGGGAACUCAAAAUACCAUUAUUACGGUAUUCGUCUGAAGCCUGACUCGCCUCUCAACCGCUUACAGGAGGACACGCAGUACAUGGCAAUGAGACAACAACCUGUCCAUCAGAAACAGAGGUUUAAGCCCUUUCAUAAGAUGGAUGGGAUGGGGGACAGUUUAAACAGCGGCUCCCAGCACCCGUCCAGCACGCCUGAGCAGAGCGUGGCGGCACAGAGCCAGCAUCACCAGCAGUACAUUGAUGUGUCUCACGUCCUGCCCCCCUUCCCUUCUCCUGAUCUGGGCUCAUGUCCUCUGCCUGAGUCAAUCAGCAUGAAUGAUGUGAAAAAACUCCAGAGCAACUACAGGAUUCACUGUGAGGCUACUCUGGACGUAGUGAUGAACUUGCAGUUCCAUCUCAUAGAGAAGCUAUGGCAGACCUUUUGGUAUUCAACAGCGCCAUCUAGUGACGGAGCCACUACCAUUCCUAACAGUGAAGAGGAUGUGGAGGACAUCAGAGGAUUCCCCAGAGAGAAGCUGAUCGCUCUGUGUAAAUAUGAACCGAUCAAACAGUGGAUGAGGAGCUGUGAUCACAUCCUGUAUCAGGCACUGGUGGAGAUCCUCAUCCCUGAUGUACUGCGGCCUGUUCCCAGCACCCUCACUCAAGCUAUUAGAAACUUCGCUAAGAGUCUGGAAGGAUGGCUGACCUCAGCCAUGAGUGACUACCCACAGGAAAUUGUCCGCACUAAGGCCGCAGUAGUGAGUGCGUUUGCGCAGACCCUGCGCCGUUACACCUCUCUGAAUCACCUGGCCCAGGCAGCGCGAGCCGUCCUGCAGAACACGUCCCAGAUCAACCAGAUGCUCAGCGACCUCAACAGAGUGGACUUCGCUAACGUGCAGGAGCAGGCGUCCUGGGUGUGCCAGUGUGACGAGAGUGUCGUCCAGCGUCUGGAGCAAGAUUUUAAGGUGACCCUGCAGCAGCAGAGCUCUCUAGACCAGUGGGCCGCCUGGCUGGACAACGUCGUCAACCAGGUGCUGAAACCUUACGAGGGCAGUACCAGCUUCCCCCGCGCGGCACGCCAGUUCCUGCUCAAGUGGUCCUUCUACAGCUCCAUGGUGAUCAGAGAUCUGACUCUGCGCUCGGCCGCCAGCUUUGGCUCCUUCCACCUCAUCCGUCUGCUCUAUGAUGAAUACAUGUUCUAUUUGGUGGAGCACCGUGUCGCCAUGGCGACCGGAGAGACGCCCAUCGCUGUCAUGGGGGAGUUCAGUGACCUCAGUUCCAUGAUGCCGUCACUCAUGGAGAAAGACGCCUCAUUUUCAGACGACCUGGCCAGUGAUGGAGACAUGUCGAGAAUGAGCGAGAGGAGCAUGAGCGAACCGGCGGUGAAGAGAGAGCGAAUCGAGAUCAGUCCCUCCCUGCAAGAAAUCUAAAAGCAAGACCUCAGCUUCACCCCAGUCCACCUCAAAACGGCUGCCGGUGGCCAAGAUAACAUUAUCUGCGAGGUUUAUUCUUUAUCUUGAGGGUACGUAGGUCUGUUUAGGGUCAGUGUGUGUCUCCCUCUCUCGCCUUUAGGUUUUCUGCGACUGUGAAGCAAGAACGUGCUGGUUUUGUGAUGUGUGUUCAUUUUUUUCAUGUGCCAUAGUCUUCUUUCAGUGCCUUAGAUGAGAAAAGAAAACACUAGAGCAGAACUCUCUUUCUCUUUGAUUUUCUCUCGUUCUGUCGUUCCCUCGGCCGUGCCUCUAACCGCAGAAUGAAUGUAUCGUCUCAGAACCUCAGAUGUCUAAAGCACCUUUUAAAGUUGGUCACACUUUUUAGACUUUCCGCCUCGGCCGUUUCCUCAGGCGUAGAUGCAACCUGCUGACCCCAAAGCUGCCCGCUCAGCUGCAUCGCAGCGUCGCCCCGAACCUGCUGCACAUGCAAAGCCUUUUCGAUGCUCCAUCCUAGCCGUUUUGUAGAUAAACCCCGGCCAUAUGAGAUGCCUAGUCUAUACCUCAACUGUUUUUAGUUCUAAUGAAUUAAUAUCUAACUUUUAUUACGUUUUAUAAAAAUCACUAUAAAAGAGAUUAUUCAAGUCGGUUUGUUCUGGUCGGUUGCCCCGUUCUCGUUCGAAAGCUUCGGGAUGUACAUACACCUACUGUGUUGAUGGAUAUUCCUCCCAAGCAGAGGAGUUCCCAUCAAAACUGGUUUGUGAAACUCUUUG